AUGCCGGUGUACAGAAAGAAGAAUUUAUCACCAACCCUGGCUUCCUUGUACAGCAUGGAGCCUGAAAAUGACAGUGAUUAUCUGAUGGAUCCUGAUCAACUGUACGACAUUUUACCUCAGCCGUACCGAAUGAUUAACAAAGUGCUGGAGCACAUUCUGGAUUCACUAUGGGAAAUUGUGGAUGAGAAGGACAGAUGUUUACUUGCUAGAGCCAGUAAAAAUCUGGCACCACAGUUUGCUGAAUCACACAUGUUACAAUUGUACAAGAAUGCAACAGCUUUAACACCAAGUGUCGAUGGCAUGUAUUUGUUUGUUGGACUUCCCAAUGGCCUAGCUGUUAUGGAUGUUGCCUCACUGUCUUCAGUGGACUGUUGGGAACAUAACCGAACUGAAAUUACAAGUAUCAAGUCAUACGUUCUUGGUUCUAAAUGCCAUCUUGUUAUCACUCAAGAUGAUAUGGAGCAAGUCCGGCUGUUUCUGUUUGAUUCCAGUACCUUGUUCUUUGUCAAGACCAUCAAUGAAAAUGCUCCUGAAAAUCCUGCAAAAAUUCUUUGUCAAAGAUGGGAUGCAUCAUCUAAUGGUGAACUUGCUGGUUUUGUCUUUCAGGACACAUCAAAUAAAGAAGUUUGGCUUGAGGUGCACAGAUUUCCAGUCGAGAGCUGGCUGAGUGAUUUGGAAAGUCACCAGGCUCAUAUAAAGGAAAUAUUGGAGAUUUCUGCAGGUGAAGAACGUACUAGUGGACAACAUGUUCAGAUAACAACCGGCAACAGAAAUGUCAGUGUUGCUAUGUCAGAAAAAAUGGAAAUAAGAUUUUCCAACCCCUCAACUGUUCUGAAAGUUAAGCCACCACCAGAGCUUCCCCUUCCAGCUAAUCCACUCCCAAACAUUGCUGCUGCAAUACACAAAGUUGACAGUGAAGAUGUCCUUGGCACAGGUCUGAAUCAUGUAUUAGGUGCGGCCCAUCUGGAGAGCUUGGAUGCCAUGUUCAGAUACAGACAUGAGGAUAUGAUUAAGCACCUGCCAUCAGAACAUGAAGAAAAGUUGGUUUCUGCAACAUUCCACUUUGUCAGUGGCAGUAGACUGAUUACGAACAGCCUUGAUCUGAACUUUGCUGACAGAGAUCCAGUCGGAGUGAUUGUUUGGUGGACAGACUCAUUCUUUCUCUGCCAUUACUCUCUGCUGAAGACAGGAAAAGAUACAGAGCUGAAGCCAGAAAUGGUGUGGCCAUUUCCUAGUAAUAUCACGUGCUCUGCAGUUAGCCCAUGCAUGUACUACUUGGCUGUUGGUCUGGCUAAUGGAAAUAUUGUCUUAUGGAACAGAAAACUAGGUAUACAGAAAGCUGUUCUGAAUGCAUCAAACAAAACAUCUGUCAAAAGCAUCCGAUUUCUGGAUCCUGGCCUGUUCCCGCUUGAUCUGCCUCAGUACCCACCCUACCCCACGAUGUCUGCAACAUUCUUAUUGGCUGAAUGUACGGAUGGCACACAACUGUUGUUUGAUACUUGUGAUGGCAGCCAGCAAAUCCCAAGAUGCAUUGCUGAAGAGCCAAGUGAUGAUGAUGAUGUUCAGAUAUUGUUGCAAGUUAUUCCCAGUCUGCCUGAACUGAUGACCUACGUCCGAAAGAAAGGCAGUAUGUAUAUUAAAGACAUUGGUUCUGGUGCUGAUGUAUGCCAGAUUGUCCUACCUCCAAAAUAUCAGAUACAAUCAUCCUGGAAUCCUAUUUUUGCUCUUGCUAAAAAUGGGGAUAUUUUAUUUCUCAAGGGUGAGGGUACAGAUGUUGAUGAUGCAGGUAAAGUAGAAAAUAUCUCAAGCAUCUUCAUGUUUGAUCUCCUUUCGUGUUCUUCCCUGGAAACAUUCAGAAGCCACAAACAGGAGAAGAGGGCGCUAGCUGUGUACACUACACAGGAACAAAGAAUGAGUGCUCUUUUGCGUGAGAGAAUACAACAGCAAGCACUGAGAAAAUCUCGCCUGCAAGAACGAUGGGAGCAGCUCAAGUCAGAGCUAGGCAUCAUUCAACAAGCUCGCAAGGUCCCAGUGGAUGCCACUAAAUUUCCUCUAAGUU